UUUCAGAUUAUUCAAAUAUAACGACAACGACAAGUAAACAAGUGAUAUCAAAAAUCAAAGUAGUCAAGCGAAUUAUUUGACAAAGUUUUUGAACGUUUUGUGAAGUAAAAGUAUUAUUGUGUGAAAUUACAUCAAGAAAAUGGUUAAAGUUCCAGCAAUUGGUAUCGAUUUGGGCACCACGUAUUCCUGCGUGGGUGUCUGGCAGCAUGGAAAAGUUGAAAUCAUCGCCAACGACCAAGGCAACAGAACAACACCCAGCUAUGUUGCUUUCACAGAUACAGAGCGUCUCUUGGGAGAUGCUGCGAAGAAUCAGGUGGCGAUGAAUCCCAGCAACACAGUUUUUGAUGCCAAACGUCUCAUUGGUAGAAAGUUUGAUGAUCCAAAAAUCCAGCAAGACAUCCAACACUGGUCAUUUAAAGUAAUUAACCACUGUGGCAAGCCAAAGAUUCAAGUUGACUGUAAAGGUGAACAAAAAGUAUUUUCUCCAGAAGAAAUCAGUUCCAUGGUUCUUACGAAAAUGAAAGAAACUGCAGAAGCGUAUCUGGGAACCACUGUUAAAGAUGCCGUUAUCACAGUUCCAGCCUAUUUUAACGAUUCACAAAGACAAGCCACUAAAGAUGCAGGUGCCAUUGCUGGUCUCAACGUUUUGAGAAUCAUUAAUGAACCAACAGCAGCAGCCUUAGCUUAUGGUCUUGACAAAAAUCUGAAAGGUGAAAAGAACGUACUCAUUUUCGACUUGGGUGGAGGUACCUUUGAUGUUUCCAUUUUGACAAUUGAUGAGGGCUCAUUGUUUGAAGUAAGAUCCACAGCUGGUGACACUCAUCUUGGUGGUGAAGACUUUGAUAACAGGUUAGUCAAUCAUUUUGCUGAUGAAUUCAAGAGAAAAUACAAGAAAGAUCUGAAAAAUAAUCCAAGAGCCCUUCGACGAUUAAGAACAGCUGCAGAAAGAGCCAAGCGUACUUUAUCAUCCAGUUCCGAAGCCACUAUAGAAAUAGACGCUCUUUUCGAAGGUAUCGACUUCUACACUAAAAUUAGCAGAGCGAGAUUUGAAGAAUUAUGUUCAGAUCUCUUCAGAGGAACACUACAACCUGUUGAGAAAGCUCUGAAUGAUGCCAAGUUAGACAAAGGACAAAUCCACGACAUUGUCCUGGUUGGUGGUUCUACACGUAUUCCCAAAAUCCAACAACUUCUGCAAAAUUACUUCAGUGGCAAACCAUUGAAUCUUUCCAUCAACCCAGACGAAGCCGUAGCAUAUGGAGCAGCUGUCCAAGCCGCAGUAUUAAGUGGAGAAACUGAUUCGAAGAUCCAAGAUGUCUUACUAGUAGAUGUAGCUCCAUUAUCAUUAGGCAUUGAAACUGCAGGAGGAAUUAUGAGCAACAUAAUUUCAAGGAAUUCAAGAAUUCCAUGCAAACAGACUCAGACGUUUACAACAUAUGCUGACAACCAACCAGCUGUUACUAUUCAAGUAUUUGAAGGUGAAAGAGCAAUGACAAAAGAUAACAAUCGUCUGGGAACCUUUGAUUUAACUGGCAUUCCUCCUGCGCCUCGUGGAGUUCCAAAAAUUGAAGUUACUUUCAAUCUGGAUGCCAAUGGUAUACUCAAUGUUGCUGCCAAAGAUACAAGUUCAGGUAAUACCCGCAACAUCACCAUAAGGAAUGAUAAAGGGCGACUGUCACAACAAGAAAUUGACAGAAUGUUAUCAGAAGCCGAAAAAUAUAAGGAAGAAGACGAACGACAGAAAGAGAAAAUAGCAGCAAGAAACCAACUUGAAGGGUAUGUCUUCCAACUGAAACAAGCUGUACAGGACUGCGGAGACAAAUUAUCAUCUGAAGACAAGUCAGCAAUCGAGAGAGAAUGCGAAAGCUGUCUAAAAUGGUUAGAUAGCAACACUUUAGCUGACAAAGCAGAAUACGAAGACAAACAAAAAGAAUUAACAAGUGUAUGCAGUCCUAUCAUGACCAAAUUGUACCAAGGAAGUCAAAAUAACAAUCAGCCUAGUGGUGGAAUGCCAGGUGGUUGUGGACAACAAUACGGAGGUUUUGCUGGAAGACAAAAUGGUCCCACAGUAGAAGAAGUUGAUUAAUAUUUAGAAUUGUUCUUCAUAUUCUUUGUAAAAAAGACUGAUUAAUUGUUUAUAUUUGUAAAUAGAGUUAAUUUGUAAAUAAAUGAUUUAUUUUGUAUAUUACAAAAAUAAAAUUUGUUUAUUUUAAAA